UUGUCAAACAACAAAUGCCGUGCAAAGGCGAUGUUAGUUUAUUUAUUUAAUGAACAUUAAAUAACAACAAAUAAUAUAAACAAACAUGAGAUGGAGCGAAAAAGAAACGUGUACUUUUGUCAAAUUGUAUCUGGAGAAUGAAGCACUCUGGAAUCCUAGAGUUCCCGAGUACAAAUCUAAACCAGAAAGGCACAAAGCUUAUACUAAAAUUAUAACCGAUUUCCGAGCUGCUACGGGCAUGCCUUUAACGGAACCUGAAGUCAGAACGAAGAUUAAGAACUUAAGGUCCACCUACAUCCAGGAGGUCAAUAAAAUACGCAAGCGAUCUAGUCCAGACUCUGUUUUCAAGCCGUCGAUUAAGUGGUUCUAUGCUUGGCAUAAACGUUUUAGCAAGACGCUUAGAAGAGAUCUGGACGUUAUGGACGAUGCAUUUUUUGAUCAUGCAGAACAAAUUGAUGAAUCAUGUCAAAAAAUAUGGGUUAGCCCAGACGAAGUCAAUGAUAACUCCAACUCUGACCCCUUUGAAUCCGAGCAAGACAACUUCCUUCUAGUCCUCAAACCUGAACCCGAAGACAUAAAGCAAGAAGCCUCACAGAGCUCGUACAAAAUAAAGAAGAAAAAAUUUAAACAUUGCCACAGCAUCGAUAACUCGGACAGAUCAUAUAGAAAUAGCAUAGACAAUGAGGCCAAAGAAGAUGAGUUUGAUAUUUAUGGGAAAUUCAUAGCGUCACAGUUGAGGAAAAUGAAUUUGCAGAAAGCGCUACGGUUGCAACUGGAGAUUCAGAGUUUAGUGAGCGAGGCUAGGAUUUCAGAUAUGACGGAACGUUGAAAUGUAGAAUUUUGUUUUUUAA